AUGGUGUCGACUGCAGGAGGCAUCGUGAUCGCCAUUAUCGUCCUUCUCGUCGCAGGAGCUGUUGGUUGGGUUAUAUUCACACAGCUUCGUGCUCGCAGACUCGGCCUCCCCCCUCCAAGUCUCGCAUCGUAUUUACCAUGGCAUAAGGAAGACAGCGGCUAUGGAAUACAGCCCGCCCCUAGCGGCAUCGCUGGCUGGUUCAACGACAAAAUUCGCAAAUUCAAGAACCGCAACAACCGAUCCGCCGCAGGCGCUUACGAGCAAUCCGGCGGUGCUCGCGGCCGUCGUGGCUUCGGUCCACUCGAUCCUGAUGAAGCGUGGGACUCGCGCGUUGGGAACGAAGCAGACCAAUAUGGAUACUAUGAGGAGGACGUUGGCGGUCGCGGCCGGGACACCGGAUACGGCGGUGGUUACAACAUGAACCUCGCGGCGACGCCGGGAUUGUCGGGCGGCCGAGGUUUCGACGAAGAGGAAGAUCGGGGGCGCAGAGCAAGCAGAAGCCCUGCAUCGGGACCUGGAGGACGAAACCCGUUCGAUGACGAUGCUGGUUCAAGUUUGCGCGGCGUGAGCCCUCGACCUAUUGACACGGGAGUUGCGAAACCCAAGAACAGAAGCGGCAGCGCCGAGAGCAGUCCGACAGAGCGACGGUCCGUGUUUAGGGAAAACAUGUAA